AUGCUGAAUCGAGUGCGUGCACUUAUCCGAUCAAGAAGCGUCCUUGAACAACCAUUUGAAGAAGGGAGACCAACUAACAGUAAAGAAGAAGUUCGAGAGGAAUGGGAUCGCCCAAUUGAAUUUAUUCUCUCAUUAGUCGGUUGUUCUGUUGGUUUGGGUAAUGUAUGGAGAUAUCCCUAUAUUGCAUUCAAGAAUGGUGGCGGUGCCUUUCUUAUACCAUAUUUUUGUGUAUAUUUUCUUAUUGGAACACCACUUUAUUUUCUUGAAUUGUCACUUGGCCAAUUUGGUAGCCGCGGUACAACGGUUGCUUUUAAAAUGACACGUAUGUUCAAAGGAAUUGGUUGGGCAAUGGCAAUAAAUUCUUUUCUUGUUACAAUUUAUUACAAUGUAAUUAUUGCUUGGUGUUUAUUUUAUUUUUUUGCUUCGUUUCGACGAACACUUCCGUGGAGUGGUUGUGACAAUUGGUGGAAUACACCAAGUUGUUCAAAUCCAGAUGGAUUAAAGAAUUCAACAGCAAAUUUUCUUUGUCUGUCGGGCAAUCGAUUGAAUAAUUGUUCAAUUCCUACAUCACCACCUGAAGAAUAUUUUGAUCAUUUUGUUUUACGACGAAGCGAUUCAAUGGAGGCAAUGGGUUCACCACAUUGGUCGCUUGCAUUGUGUUUACUCUUGGCAUGGGUACUUGUUGCUAUUUGUAUCAUUCAAGGCAUUAAAUCAUCUGGCAAAGUAGUCUAUUUUACUUCACUGUUUCCUUAUGUCGUCAUUUUUGCUUUGGUUAUUCGUGGUGUGACUCUACCCGGUGCAGCAAAUGGAAUUUCAUUUUAUUUAAAACCGAACUGGAGUAAAGUUCGAGAGUUUGAAGUUUGGAUUGCAGCUGCGUCUCAAGUAACGUUUUCUCUCUCAGUUGGAUUCGGCUCUAUACUUGGUUAUGCUAGUUUCAAUAAAUUUAAAUCGAAUUAUCUUAGAGAUUGCCUACUUGUCACUGCUUGUGAUUGUUUUACUUCGGUAUUUGCUGGCUUUGCUGUCUUUCCAAUUCUUGGUUUUAUGUCCUAUAAAACAGGUUUACCUGUUGAUCAAGUAGUUAAAGCUGGGCCUGGAUUAGCUUUUAUUGCUUAUCCACAAGCAUUAUCAAUUAUGCCUGGUGGCCCAUUUUGGGCAGUAACAUUCUUUUUUAUGCUAUUAACUCUUGGUCUUGAUUCUCAGUUUGCACUUUCGGAUGUAACCAUAUCUGGCCUACUAGAUAAUUUCAGUGGUCUACGACGUUAUAAACCAUUUGUUAUUAUUGGCUAUUGUGUAGCUUGCUAUCUAUUAGCUCUUCCUAUGUGUGCACCGAUCGUAUUCUUUUCAUCAAUAAUUCAAUUUCGAGCGCCAACCGAAGGAAACUAUACAUAUUUACCAUAUGCGAAUGCUCUAGGCUGGCUUAUGGUUGGUUCAUCACUGAUUUUUAUUCCAGGUGUUAUGAUCUAUGAAUUUUUUAAAGCAUGGAAAGUAACAAAUCGUUCUCAAAACCAAAUUACGGACACAAUGCCACGUUACUUACGAAUGUUAACAUAUGUAAGUCAACCGGAUGAUGAUUGGGGACCAACAAGAAAAGAAUAUCAAUGUGGCCGAUAUGAAAAACUUACCAAUACAACGAGUAAAAAUGAUAGGAAACCACCAGACAACGAACCGGUUAUUUUUUAUAAUGAAAAUAUUAAUGAUGCAUUCGAUCCUGCAGCUGAUCUUGCUUCACGAUUUUAG